AUGGAACUGCAGAACAAGCGGGCAGAGCGUCAGGUAAUCAAGGUGGGGCUUGUGCUGGGGGAGCUGGAACUUCUGAAAACCGUCUUUGAGGAGGCUGAUGUGGAUGGAAGUGGGACGAUGGACAAGGAGGAGUUCUGUGAGAUCUGCAAAACUGCCAGCGUAAGGCGCGCGCUGCAUCGCAUGGGCGUGCCGCUGGAUCAAGCCGAAACCCUUUUUGACAUCAUCGACGCCGGCAAGAAGGGCGAGGUCACUUUUGCGGGCUUCAUUGAAGGCGUCAAGAAAGUCCGGGGUGUGCCAACCAACCUUGACAUGAAGACUAUGAUGGUGGCCGUGAGAAAUAUUUACAAGCAGCAAGUGCGGCUGGAGAAGGACUCUCGAGACUUGCAAGAUAGCCUGCUGGAUCUGAUCCAGGAAGCGCAGCAGAAUGGCAAUGUCAUUCACCUGCCGCCAAAGGAGGAGAUGGAUCAGUUGCUGAAGGUGAGAAAGGCCUUUGUCUCGCAGCCGACCACGGCAUCCUUCUCCAGUUUGCAGCGGCCUGCGGAUACGUCACCAAGCGUUCCACCAACUGUGCCUUCACCGACACACAGUGAUCAGGAGGCUCCAAAGCUCACCUUUGGCCGAAAGGAGCCAGCUGAGCUCCGAACGGCGGCGUCGCCGGACCUGGAAGAUCCUCAGAAGGCGUGCCCCGCCUCCGCGAGCACCAGGGACUCGCCCACGGCCAUGCCGUGGCCGGAGAUCCGGCGGCAGAUGCCCAACGCGGUGCAGGAUUCCGACGAGGAGGAGCAUUCGCCGGAGGUACGCUUGAGGAAGGUGAACGCCCGGAAGCCCACGAGCCUGGAGAAGAGUCUCCUGGGCUCGCGGAGUCCCAGUGCCGUGGCGUAA